GGACAUGUGGCGGAUGGCGUGCAGGAAUAUCUCCGUGCUCCUGGUGGUGACGUCAAUCGUCCUGGCCGUCAGCGGCCUGCUCUGCAUCGACGUCACAGCUCUGACCAACCCGAACAAGUUCUACCCCAUCUGUAUGCCGUGGUGGGACAACGAGAUAGGCACAGGUUCGAAUCGAGGGCAUUCAGUGCAUUUGCGCGUCGUUUAUUUGUAUUUAUUUUAUUACUUUUUUGCCUCUGAGUCUUUUCCGCUUCCGUGCAGCAGCAGUUUUUUUGUUUUGUUUUUGUUUUUUUGUUUUUUUGUUUACUUACACACGUGUGUAUUUCUUUACUUAACACGCGUGUAUUUGUUUACUUAAACACGUGGCUGUGUUUGUUUACUUACACACGUGUGUAUCAGUUUACUAAAACAUGUGUCUAUUUUGCUUAGCUUUGCAAAUAUUGGAAAAUUAAAGAUCUACAUUAAUAAUAUUGGGAAAAUUUCAUACUAUAUAUAUUUACAUAUAUAUAUAUAUAUAUAUAUAUAUAUAUAUAUAAAUACACACUUAUAUAAAUAAACAAAAACGCAUUUGUAUAUUUACAAACUAUUUAUGGUGGUAAUUAUUUUCUAGAUGGUUAUCCCUGUUAAAAUAAAUUCUAAAACAAAAGAAUCCUUGAUUUCAAGUUGAUCAGCACACUCUGGUCGUCCCAAAGUUCCUGAAACCGUCCCCUAAUCAGCACAUGAUCUAGACAUAGCCUGACCAAACAAUGGCGGUGGCUUUGCGUGAGCUUCACAUCCACUUCAGUUACCUGACAAAACACGCCUUCAAGUGAUGUAGCUUUAUAAGAUUCCCAAUCCAUACUAUCUUCUGGGAAUUUUUCUUUUGUGUGCCUAUCGAACACAGUGUCACUACAGCCAUACAUUUAUACCUAGAUAUUUAUUAUUUGUGAUAUUCUGAAAAAGAAAUGAUGUAAUAUUUUCAUUGCAGUACCCACCCAUGAAAUGUGGUAUACCAUUGCUCUAUAGUUUCGCAGUGUUACAUUGCAAACUCAUCUGCUACCCAUAUCCAUCCAGAUGUCACGUGGUUCAAGAUCGUGGCGGGCCUGUUCUCCGUGGCGCCCGGGGCGGCCAUCUUCGUCUCCUUGUUCGUGCUGGCGUACAGGGUCAAUAAGUUCAAGGCACUCAUCCGGACGGGCGUGGGCGCCCUCAACCACUACACCGCCCUGUACAUUGAGAUCAAGGCCAACCAGCACCUCAAGUUCGUGAGAACCGUCUUCUGGCUCGGCACCCUGUUCAUCAUCGCGUCCAGCCCUGUUGGAAUGUUCAUUAUCAUUGGACCGUGUAAGUCAGUGUGUGUGGCAAUCAUUGGUCCGUGUCAGUCAGUGUGUAUGGCAACCAUUGGUCCAUGUAAGUCAAUGUAUAUGGCAAUCAUUGGUCCGUGUAAGUCAGUGUGUAUGGCAAUCAUUGGUCCGUGUAAGUCAGUGUGUAUGGCAAUCAUUGGCCCGUGUAAGUCAGUGUGUAUGGCAAUCAUUGGUCCGUGUAAGUCAGUGUGUAUGGCAAUCAUUGGUUUGCUUAAGUCAGUAUGUAUGGCAAUCAUUGGUUUGUAUAAGUCAGUGUGUAUGGCAAUCAUUGGUCUGUGUCAGUGAGUGUGUAUGGCAAUCAUUGGCCCGUGUAAGUCAAUGUGUAUGGCAAUCAUUGGUCCGUGUAAGUCAAUGUGUCUGGCAAUCAUUGGCCCGUGUAAGUCAGUGUGUAUGGCAAUCAUUGGCCCGUGUAAGUCAAUGUGUAUGGCAAUCAUUGGCCCGUGUAAGUCAAUGUAAAUGAUAGACAACUAUUGGUCCCACACGCUGUGUGCUCAUACCAAUGUGACAACAUGGUGACACAAUUGCUUGAAAGUGGAGCAGAUAGAUGUAAUCUAAAAAUCUACCGAUGUAGACAGUUGCUGACUCGGGAUGAUAGGACGACCCUACUGAGAGGUACUCACCACCGAUUCAAAGUUUACAGAUUUUUGCUUUGUUUCUAUUUAUCUAUAUCUCACAUGUUGCUCUUUUUUGUCUGAAUAACGUUUUCUCCACUCAGAAAUAUUUGUAGAAAAGGUGAUGUUUAAACAUUUAUUUUAGGCCAAAUGUAUUUGUUAAUUAAAUUCACUGAUUUUUGUUUGUUUAAUUGUUAAUUUGUUUAUGUAUUUAUUUUAUUUCUUAUUUCAACGAAAAUUUCUUCUAUCCGUCGGCGCAGACAUCCGCGCCAUGGGCGACUACGUCGAGGUCAACCACCAUGCCCAAGCCAACCUAACGGACAGAAAACCCCCACCCAGGGGGGUGAGCCCGCCGAGCUACUACACGUCCACGUACAUGUCCAUCAGUCGCAGCGACCUCGAGGUCACCAUAUGGCUGAUCUACUACACGUUUGCCAUCUUCGUGGUCCCAGUACUGCUGUACACGGAGGUAACACGCGCGUGGCACAGCGAUUAUUUCCCCUGAAAUUGCAGCGUUCAAUAUUUUAAUUGGCCUUGCUACGACGUCACGGGUUCCCAAAUUAUUAAAGUAGCGACUCCAAUAAUUUACAGAUUCAGAGUGACUCCAUUUUGAAAAGAAAAGAAAUCCACUGCCCACGGAAAUUAAAGAAAUUGAUACGUUAGAAGAAAACACAACACCGUAUUAACUGCGGCUGUCAUGAACCUUAUAAAGAAUGCGUUCCGAUUUAGUGUCGUGACCCCUAAAAGGGGCCAAAAGGUGUUUAGAAUUCAGAGGGAAAACAAGAAUGAGGGGCCACUUCCGGUUUAAUAGACACCAAUUAACAACAUUGCCGUCGUGUGUAAAAAAAUUAAUAAUUUACCAUUUUCACCAAAUUUAAUACAGGUAAUAGUAAUUAAAUUAUUGAGUUAUAUAUAUAUAUAUAUAUAUUAAACUCACAACUCAUACUUGUAGACUUCAGCGUUCCCCCCAAAAACCGUAGUCAUUAGUGAAUAAUGCACAUUUUAACCCAGCCUGCAGGCAUGAUAUCUUUUCCUUGCAGAUCCUGUUCUACAGAGAAUGGAGCGGACGCAUGCGCAAGCUCGCCAACUUCCUGUGCUGCCGCAAGCCCCAAGCGCCCCGGUGGCCGAACAUCGACGCCCUGGAGAACGACGAGAACGCGAGCAAGCUCGCCGGGCCUUACGUCGCGUGCAGCGACGGCGCCGACGAGACCCUGGGGCGCCUCAAGACGUCCAACGAGGCGAAGCUGACCAAAAUCUUCGACGCCGGGAACGCGAUCCGGGCGGGGAGGGACGUCAAGCAGAUGCUGCCGAUGUACUCCAGACAGAUGGUCAGGUCUGACCUCGCCAGACAAGCUCACGUCGCCAGCAUGUUCGCCGGCACGACACCCGGAUGCAAAACUCCGAAAGAACCCGCGGCCCCGAAACGAGACAACAUGAAGAGCGCGCCGAACAAGGGUCACGGAAGGCCUCACGUGGUGAAAUCGGCUGACAGCAGCACCACGUGAUGCGGCAGACCUGUGG